UGUUGUGGCGGAAGUUGAUGUUUUUUUGGAAACAGCAGGCUUGAGAGGAGCGUGGCCGGCAGAGAUGAUUCAGGCGAUUCUGGUUUUCAACAACCACGGGAAGCCGCGGCUGGUCCGCUUCUACCAGCGCUUCCCAGAAGAAAUUCAGCAGCAGAUUGUUCGAGAGACCUUCCAUCUAGUUCUCAAACGGGAUGACAACAUCUGUAACUUCUUGGAGGGUGGAAGUUUGAUUGGUGGUUCUGAUUACAAACUGAUUUAUCGGCACUAUGCUACCCUCUACUUUGUGUUUUGUGUGGAUUCAUCGGAGAGUGAACUUGGGAUCUUGGACCUCAUCCAGGUUUUUGUGGAGACCCUGGAUAAAUGUUUCGAAAACGUUUGUGAAUUGGAUCUGAUCUUCCAUAUGGAUAAGGUGCACUACAUCCUACAGGAGGUGGUGAUGGGAGGGAUGGUGUUGGAAACAAACAUGAAUGAAAUCGUGGCGCAGAUCGAAGCUCAGAACAGGCUGGAGAAAUCGGAGGGCGGCCUCUCGGCAGCCCCCGCCCGGGCCGUGUCUGCCGUGAAAAACAUCAACCUGCCCGAGAUGCCGCGGAACAUCAACAUCGGUGACCUCAACAUCAAAGUCCCCAACCUGUCCCAGUUCGUCUGAGGGGUGAGGACUCGGCUGAACUGGAGGCCAAGCGAGUCCCACGACAGAACCUACCUGCGCCCCGGGAGAGAAGCCUCGGACCCGACGCGCUGCCAGGGAGCGGGAGGGGAGCCCCGUGUCACUGUGGCGAGUGCUCCGUUCUCACGUGCGCAGCCUGGCCGGUCUCUGACGCCCGUGGCCACCGCCGAUGUGAGGGGGUCCUGGCUCCCCUAGUGGGGGGAUCUGUGUGUCCAAGUCACUCGCCCCCUCUCCCUCCACAUGCAGCCGUUCCCUGGGCUUGGGGUCGUAUGGAGAGGCCCACCCACUUCCCAGGACCCCCACUAGGACCUCGUCCGGCUAGAGUCUCCCUCCUUCGCACCACGAGGCGUCUGGGCCAGUCGCAUGUACUUUUGCCGGUGAGGUGCCACUUCAGCUCUGGGAUGUGGCGAGUGGCAGGCAAGGGCCUGCUGGCUCUGCUAGGUGGUCAGCCCAGAGUCCUUCCGUGCGGCCACGCUUCCUGGUUACACUCCUGCAGAGGGCAUCGCCCUGCCAUCGUCCCGGCUCUGCCCUCGCAGGUGUUCUGUGCAGGAAGCGAUCCAGACCAUGAGCCCGGUGCAGGCCCGCCACAUUCCUGCUAACUGGGGGGCACCCCACACGGCAUCCCUCCAGCCCAGCCAGAGGCGUCCCCCGUCAAAGGGGAGGGGGGGAGGGGUUUCAUGUCUGUAGACGGUAAAGCCGGCAGCGUAUCGAGCAUCUCGGAGUUACGGCUCUUUCUGGGUUUAAAAUACAUCGUCCUCGCGAGGAGCUGACGGGUCUGUCGCUGUGUUA